AUGGAGCAUCUUGUUAAGAAGCGAUCUCCGUUGCGAACAUCGUUUACUAAGAAAUAUAAAAGUUUAGUGUCUCUGUUUGAUGAUGAAAAUAUAGAAAUAAGUGGUGUUAAGAUUAAAUUAGCUACUUUAGAAUGCAUUAGUGCUAGUUUAAUGACUCUUGAUAACGAAAUUUUAAAACUUGCUUUAAGUGCAAACGAUAAUGGUAAAAGUUAUUCUGAUGAAUUCGAAUCUGUAGAAGAAUAUAAAAUCAAAUUUGAUAAAGCUAUAGUUUGCGUUAAUUCUUUUAUAGAAAGUAAGUCACAGCCAAACAGGAAGAUUUUAAGUAAUGAGAAAUCAAAAAUAAAACUUCCCAAACUUGAACUAAUGAAAUUUAGCGGUGAAGUUAAAGAAUGGUUAUGUUUCUGGAGUCAGUUUAAACGAAUUGACGAUCAUGAAGAAAUGGAAUUGGAAGACAAAUUCCAAUAUUUAAUACAAUGUAUGUCGUCAGAUACAAGAGCGAAAGAGAUUAUCGAUAGCUAUCCACCUACGGCAGAAAAUUACUCAAAAUCGAUUGAAAGCCUUAAAGCAAGAUUUGGCAGUGAGGAAUUGUUAGUGGAAUACUAUGUUCGUGAACUAUUUACUUUUAAGGGUUGUUAA